CUUCGGAGGGUAGCUUACAAUCCAUAUUUGCUGCCAUGGCGCCCUCUCUUUUUGCUUCAACCCGGCGCAUGGGUCUUGCAUUGAUUGCUGGCCUUGUUCUCUUCUCCGCGCUAGCGGUUGCCCAUGAUGCUAUCUCCGUUGGAGACAUGUCAGUGGGUCAGAUCGAGGAAGAGCUGCAGAACUGCCCCCUCGUCGAAUCCCUCAAUGAGCAUAAACGCGCCGCAAGCCCCCAAACCACUAGCUUGACCUCCAAGAUCUUCUCGGUCCUCUUCCCUGGCAGCCCCGCGGUGAAUGCUAUCCUGGCGACUAUCUACAUCUCCGGCCCUCCCAACUUCCUUCUGGCCCUAUGCCCCCCCAACAUCGACCCCUCCUCCCUGUCCGUCAUGGUCGCAUUCGCAGUCGGCGGCCUCCUGGGCGACACCAUCUUCCAUCUGCUCCCCGAGAUCUUCCUAGGUGAAGAUUCCCCAGACAGCGUCCGCUUCGUCAUGGUCGAGCCAAAUCGUAACCUGCUCCUGGGCGUUGGAAUCAUGGUGGGCUUCUUUACCUUUGUCGCGAUGGACAAAGCCCUCCGCAUAGCCACCGGAGGAGCCGGACACGAUCAUUCCCAUGGCCACUCCCACAGCGACGACGCUAAGCCCACGGCCACCACGACCAGCUCCUCCCCCCAACCCUCCAACGAGCUCAAGCAACGCAAACCAACCACUACCAAUGCUGCCCCAGAACCCGUAUCCACCGAGAAGGAGAUCAACCCCAGCGUCAAGCUAGGCGGCUACCUGAACCUCAUCGCCGACUUCACCCACAACAUCACCGACGGCCUUGCCAUGUCUUCCGCCUUCUACGCCUCUCCCACCGUCGGCGCAACCACCACUGUCGCCGUCUUCUUCCACGAAAUCCCCCACGAGGUGGGCGACUUCGCCCUUCUCAUCCAAUCCGGUUUCUCCAAGCGAAAGGCCAUGGGCGCUCAAUUCGUAACAGCCAUUGGAGCCUUCCUCGGUACUUUUAUCGGUAUCGCUGUGCAAGAGUUCGGUGGGGGCCACAGCAGUUCCGCUGUCGAUAGCGCCGCGUCCGGCCUUUUCGGUACCAGUCUCACCUGGGGCGACAUGCUUCUGCCAUUCACGGCGGGAACAUUCCUCUACGUCGGCACGGUCUCCGUUAUCCCUGAGCUACUGGAAACCGGCAAGGACAAGGGCGUGGAGAUUCAGAAGACAAUCGUGCAGUUCUUGGCUGUUAUGGUCGGGGCAGGAAUCAUGCUUGUUAUCUCCUGGGACUGAGUGACCCAACCACAAUACACACAACAAUGUAUCAUGAUGACAAAAAGGUGAAGUGAUAUUAACAGAUGAGUCCCAGCAAAAAGAAGACAACAUAUAGACAAAAUAUCUAGUACAUAAUGAUGAGCAGAAUACUCUACCAU